CUGUUUUCGCUAGCUAGUUUCAAAAUCAGUGUGCAGGCUAGAAUUGUUCGCCCAUAGGGCCGGCCAAAUGAUAUUGACAGCAACCGAAAUCAACUUGUACGUUCAAAGUUGGCGGAUGCAGCCGUGGCUUUCAGCGUCACGGUGGUCAAACCGGCCGGAGACCGACCAUAGUACUCCGUUAUAUUUGCCAGUCUCAACCAUUCUCCAUCCUUACCGUUUAAGCCUCGACCACUCAGCACGUACAAACGUCCAUAACCCAAGCAAUCAUCCUCCACGUGCGCGGUCAUGAGCGGCGAGCCGGCAGAGGCGACUCCGGCAGUGGUGGUGGUGGGUUCGCGGUUCUGCGCGCCGGCCGCCACGGCGUUCGCGGUGACCAAGACGAUCAGCGUGACGGGGCGUGACUUCACCGUCACGGACGCCCACGGCGCGGCGGUGAUGCAGGUGGAGGCGGCCGUCUUCAGCUUCCUCCAGCACCGCUCCCUCCUCCUCGACGCGGCGUCGCGCCGCCCCGUGCUCACCCUGCAGGACUCCACCUACCUCGCGAGCACGAGGUGGGAGGCGUACAGGGGGGACAGCACCAGCCGGAGGAAUCUGCUCUUCGUCGCGGUGAAGACCGCGCCCGUGCAGCUCGCCAGGACCAAGGUGCGCCUGUUCCUCGCCGGCAACGGCUCUGGCGAGCGGGUCCCGGACUUCGUCAUCGGCGUGUGCACGGUCUCUGCUGGAGGCGGCGGCGGCGACGACUCCGAUGGCAACAUCGUCGCGCGGAUCAGCCGCCAGAACACGGCCGGCGGCGCGUUCCUCGGGAGGCACACGUAUACCGCGAGGAUCAACCCCGGCGUCGACCAGGCGUUCAUCCUCGCGCUCACCGUGAUUCUCGACCAGAUGCAUCACUAGCACUGGAACUAGCCAUUGAUCAAUCGCCGCAGCUUCGUUUGUAAAACAUUUGUCGAGAUAACAUCAUUUUCGUUGUGGAAAA